AUGUAUGGGCGGCCGCGGAUGCAGACCGGGGGGUCCGUACGCGGCACGACGGUCGUCUGGGGCGAUUGGGGACUGCGGAUGAAGGACCACGACCGCAAUAUCUCUGCAAAGCAGCUUAAAGUCGCGGAGGACACCAUCCGCCGACGGCUGAGAGGCGAGCGCUACAAACUGUACACGCGCGUGAGCGCCAACAUUGGCGUCUACAUCAAGGGCAGUGGUGUGCGUAUGGGUAAAGGAAAGGGAAAAUUCGACCAUUGGGCCGCCCGUGUCCCUGUGAGUCGGAUCGUCCUGGAGCUAAAGGGCCAGAUUCACGAGAAGGUCGCCAGAGAUGCUUUCAGGUUGGCCGGUGGCAAGUUGCCUGGCCUGUGGGAGUUCGUCAGAAAGGGAGACCCGCCAGUUGUUGGUAUCACGAAGCUCGGCGAUGGUGUAACUCUGCAAUCAUUGAAGGAGGCCAGAAGACCGGUGGAGCCCAAAGACAAGGCUGAUGAGCAGCAGUUGAUUGUUCCUCCUAUGGCCGAGGUCCCACCUCAUACAGUGGCUAGGGACUUGGAUCCGUCGGCGAAGGGUACUGUCCAUGUAUCUCCAUGA